ACUGAAGUAGGAUUGAAAAAAAAAAUGUUGUUUAGGCUCAACUAGCUGCAUAUGUUACAUAGAACACACGACUUGGUCGAACUCGAACCACACAACUACCCAAUACCUAAAAUGCCCUUUUCAAUGGAUCAUAUAAGAAUGAGAAAAUUCGAGAAGUGUCGAAGUAGAAGAAGCAGAGAAAAGAAAUGGCUGCCAUUAAUCUGAGAGCUGUAUCACCAAUUCGAUAUCCAGAAAUCUCAACUGAAAACCUUCAUUGCACGAAGCCCGUGGUUUCAUUUCCUUCACUGAAGAAGAAGAAUUCAUUCACAGUGUCUGUGGCAGUAAAUCCUCCUGAGCCUUCACCAGAGAAACCCGAAAUUGAGCUCGAAUUCAUUGGUCCAAAACCACAAGGAGAUGGAACUUAUCCAGUGGAUAAAGCGUCUGCGAUUAGUGGAGAGAAGCUGUUGAAGAAAAUUAUGGCGGAUAACAAGAUAGAACUCUAUGCCGCAUAUGGAAAAGUGAUGAAUUGUGGUGGUGGUGGAAGCUGUGGAACCUGCAUUGUUGAGAUAAUUGAUGGAAGUGAUCUUUUAAACGAAAGAACUGAUACUGAACUCAAAUAUCUUAAAAAGAAACCUGAGUCUUGGAGAUUAGCUUGUCAAACUAUUGUUGGGAACAAGGAAAAUUCCGGCAAGGUUGUUGUUCAGCGGUUGCCACAGUGGAAGAAAUAAUCACCGUUAAUGAAAAAAGAGAUUACUGUGGCUGCAGUAAUGAGGAUUACCUGUCUCACCAUGGACCUGCAAAUGUACUUGUGAUUUUUUGUACUGUGUACCAGUUCCCUCAGAAAAUGAAUGUGUGCUUAUAAAAAAGCAUUUUACUUGUAUGCUGGCAUUCUGAAACCACCUUAAUCCAAGAACUCUCCAGUUGCAAGCACAAAAACCGAUUCUUAGUUCCAGUGAACACGCUGAUUAAUGAAGACAUUCCCUUCUGCUUA